CUACCUUGAACUUUAGUCUCUUGUGCCUAUUGGUUUUGCUUCGGCCUCGGGCCCCGUUUGUAACCAAAGACGGAAAAAAUAAAAUAAAAUAGCGAGGGAAUUUGAAGCUGCAUGCAGAACAAUGCUGGGAAAGUAAACUCUUAUUUAUCCUUGAACAAAAAUGGACUCUUUACUUCAAUUCCUGCACGUAAGAUAACAGGUGAAAACAUUUAUUCCAUUCACAACCACCGCCUUGCCUCGCCUAUUAAAUCAUCCCUUGCAUGCUCUUGCCAAUACUCAAAAACCUCAUUCAUUAUCAACACAGGUGGCUCUCUCACUUUCUCCCACAUAUUCAUCAUCUCAAAACAAGCAAAACACAUUAAUUCAUUCAUGGCCAAGGCCCCAAUUAGGGUUUUUUCUUUGGUGGUUUUCUGGUUGAUGGUGCUGGGUGGGGCGGUUUGGGGCCAAGAUGUGAACUUUUCAUCAGCGGCUGCAGCAGCAGCAGCACCACAAGGUCAAGUGGGUGGUGGUGGGAGGAGCGCAGAAAUGGUGCCUGCCAUGUUUGUGUUUGGAGACUCUUUGAUUGACAAUGGCAACAACAACAACAUCCCAUCAUUUGCCAAGGCUAACUAUUUCCCCUAUGGCAUUGAUUUCAAUGGUGGCCCUACCGGUCGUUUUUCCAAUGGUUACACCAUGGUUGAUGAAAUAGCUGAACUGCUAGGACUUCCCUUGAUUCCUCCUUUUUCUGAAGCUUCUGGAGACCAAGUGCUUCAUGGAGUCAAUUAUGCAUCUGCAGCAGCUGGAAUCCUUGAUAUCACUGGCAGAAACUUUGUGGGAAGAAUACCUUUUGGUGAACAAAUAAGGAACUUCCAGAGUACCCUUGAUCAGAUUACAGACAAUCUCGGGGCAGAUGACGUGGCCGGGGCAAUUGCAGACUGCAUCUUCUUUGUUGGAAUGGGCAGCAAUGACUACCUAAACAAUUAUCUUAUGCCCAACUAUCCCACAAGAACUCAGUACAAUGCUCCACAAUUUGCUGAUCUUUUGACUCAACAAUACACCCAGCAACUCACUAGACUCUAUAAUCUUGGUGCUCGAAAGUUUGUUGUUGCUGGAUUAGGGAGAAUGGGCUGCAUUCCAAGUAUCUUGGCCCAGAGUCCAAGUGGAAGGUGCAAUGAGGAAGUGAAUCGCCUUGUUCUACCGUUUAAUGCAAAUGUGAAGACAAUGAUCAACAAACUUAACACCAACUUGCCAGGCGCAAAGUUCAUUUACAUUGACAUUGCUCGAAUAUUCGAAGACAUCGUCAACAAUGCCAGAUCUUAUGGAUUCACUGUUGCAAAUCGUGGAUGCUGUGGCAUUGGGCGCAACAGAGGCCAAAUUACAUGUCUUCCACUCCAAACACCAUGCCCGAAUCGAGACCAGUACAUAUUCUGGGAUGCUUUCCACCCAACAGCAGCAGCCAACAUCAUAAUUGGGAGGAAAGCUUUCAAUGGGGACCUUAGCCAGGUUUAUCCCAUGAACAUACAGAAGCUUGCCACUCUUAACAUUAAAAGCAGCCCAUAGAAAACUUGAGAGAAAACUUAUGAUAUUUCUCGGCCCAUAGAAAACUUAUGAUAUUUCUAGUCAUUUUCAUGGUUUUAUUCUACCAUGUGGAAUCUAUCCAUUUCGAUU